AUGCAUAAUCCCCGGGGACUCCCCAGGGAGUCCCCCUCCAAGUCCCUGGGGAGUCCCUAAAAAUGUGUACUCCCCGGGGAGUCCCUAGUGAGUCACCCUC